AUUUGUCAGGAGCCGUUUUAUGGGCUGGGCUUUAGUUUCAGUUAGCAGGGGAGCGUGAAACCGCGUGAGAAAGUUGCUAUUGAGGUAAAGCACAGCUAGACGUUGGACCGUCGUCGCCGCCGCUGUGGGAGUUGUUGUUAUCAAACCUAACUACACGUUUUAUUUUUUUUCUCUCCUUAAAACGUCUUUUUUCCGGACGCAGGCUUGUAUUCACACUUCGCGGGGGAAGUACACAUUUCUGUUUUUUUUUACUGUUCAACCGCCAACUAGCGUCCGUGGCGAGUCAAGUGGGAACUCUUCACUGCUAUUAACUUGUGUGGAUUUGUUUCUGAUGAGAGCUCGCAGUUUGCGGCUGUCUGUUCACCGUCCACCGGCUCGAAUCUCUCUCGUCUGUUCCCCUUUUGCUUGUUUGGUCGACUGCGUGGUGGAAAUACAGCGAAUCCUGCGGAAGAUAAACACCGGAGUGAUUGGGGGUGACCCCAGUCAUUUUUCAUCCCUCACGUAGCUCACAGCUAAAAGAGGAGGGGGCACACUUUUGAGUUGCCUUCAGCUAAUGAGCCGUUUCCACUGUUUUUUUCCGGUUGAUUUACGGCCGCACUGUCGGUGGAGCGGAGCACAGACGACGACUGAAAGCCAAGGAGGGAGCGCGGAUUCACAUUAAACGGACGGUGAAGUUAAACGAAGUAGCAAGGGUUUGUUUGAAAUUCACCAGAGUUGGUCAUAAUAACUGCAGCGGAUGGAUUCGUCUUCGUGAACGGGAGCACCUCUCAUCCUCCUUGUGCCCGCGUUCAUCCCCCCAGUGAAACGUGGUCUUUAAGGAAACGGUUGCAUCCUCCCGGAGUUAGCGAUGUUUCCCCAGGGGCGGCACCCGACGCCCCACCAGGCUCCAGGCCAGCCCUUCAAGUUCACCAUCCCAGAGUCACUAGACCGCAUCAAGGAGGAGUUCCAGUUUCUUCAGGCACAGUACCACAGUCUCAAACUGGAGUGUGAGAAGCUGGCCAGUGAAAAGACAGAGAUGCAGAGACACUAUGUCAUGUACUAUGAGAUGUCAUAUGGCCUCAACAUUGAAAUGCACAAACAGACUGAGAUUGCCAAGAGACUAAACACCAUCUGUGCACAAGUCAUCCCCUUCCUCUCACAGGAGCAUCAGCAGCAGGUGGUCCAAGCUGUGGAGCGAGCCAAACAAGUGACCAUGGCAGAGCUCAAUGCUGUCAUCGGGCAGCAUCUAUCCCAUAACCACGGUGGUGCCCCUGUACCCAUCACCCCUCACCCUGCCGGUCUCCACCCCUCUCAGCUAGGUGGUUCAGCUGGACUUCUGGCUCUCUCAGGAGCACUUGGUGCUGUUCCUCCCCAUUUGAUGGGAAAAGACAGUGGUGAUAAGAAGCCCCACCUGUCUGGACCAGACUUGCACAGUGGGGGACCUGAACACCUGAGAGACCGAGAGCCUGGAACAAGUAACUCGGCUUUGCCAGAAAGUCUAAGGAACUCAGAUAAGCGACGCAACGGACCAGAGUUUUCAAACGACACCAAGAAACGCAAGGUGGAGGACAAGGACUCGAGUCACUAUGACAGUGAUGGGGAGAAAAGUGAUGACAAUUUAGUAGUGGAUGUUUCAAAUGAGGAUCCAGCCUCCCCUCGUGGUACGCCUUUACCCUCACCUAGAGAGAAUGGCCUGGAUAAAGCACGUCUUCUAAAGAAAGAUCCCUGUAGUCCUGCCUCUACUGCAUCAUCAGCGAGCUCCUCCUCCCUCAAGUCCAAAGAAAUGGCAAUGCGAGAUAAGGCAGGCACACCUGGGCUGAAGUCAAGCACACCCACACCCCGAGGUGACUCCACGCCUGGUCCGAGCACCACACCUGGAAUUCGACCCAGUCUGUCUAAACCUCCCUCCAUGGAGAUACCACAUCCAGCUACUGCAGGUUUGCGGACACCCCUCGCUGUACCUGGCCCAUACCCAGGUGCGUUUGGUAUGCUGCCGCAUGCAGCAGGCAUGAAUGGAGAGCUGGCAAGUGCAGCUGGGGCUGCGGCCUAUGCUGCUGGACUGCACAACAUGUCACCUCAGAUGAGUGCCGCUGCUGCCGCAGCUGUGGCUGCAUAUGGCCGUUCACCCAUGGUUGGAUUUGAUCCUCAUCCUCACAUGCGAGUUCCUGGAAUACCUCCUAGUCUGACAGGAAUCCCUGGUGGCAAACCUGCCUACUCUUUUCACGUGGCUGCUGAUGGACAGAUGCAGCCAGUUCCCUUUCCCCCAGAUGCUUUGGUCGGCCCAGGGAUCCCUCGACACGCCCGUCAGAUCAACACACUGAACCACGGAGAGGUGGUGUGCGCUGUUACCAUCAGUAAUCCCACCCGACACGUUUACACAGGAGGGAAGGGUUGCGUCAAGGUCUGGGACAUUAGUCACCCAGGAAACAAGAGCCCAGUUUCACAGCUCGACUGUCUGAAUCGAGACAACUACAUCCGCUCCUGUCGCCUCCUCCCCGAUGGCCGAACGCUAAUAGUUGGAGGUGAGGCGAGCACUUUAUCAAUCUGGGAUUUGGCCACACCCACUCCUCGGAUUAAGGCAGAGUUAACAUCAUCAGCACCGGCAUGCUACGCUCUGGCCAUCAGCCCGGAUUCCAAGGUCUGCUUCUCCUGCUGCAGUGAUGGCAACAUCGCAGUGUGGGAUUUACACAACCAGACACUCGUUAGGCAGUUCCAAGGCCACACAGACGGAGCCAGCUGUAUUGACAUCUCCAAUGAUGGCACCAAGCUGUGGACCGGAGGCCUCGAUAACACUGUCCGCUCCUGGGAUCUGAGAGAAGGACGGCAGCUGCAGCAGCAUGACUUCACCUCACAGAUUUUCUCUCUUGGCUACUGUCCGACAGGAGAGUGGCUCGCAGUGGGAAUGGAGAGCAGCAAUGUUGAGGUUCUUCAUGUCACCAAGCCUGACAAAUACCAGCUUCAUCUACAUGAGAGCUGUGUACUCUCUCUGCAGUUUGCUUACUGUGGUAAAUGGUUUGUGAGCACAGGAAAGGAUAACUUACUGAACGCCUGGAGAACACCCUAUGGAGCCAGCAUAUUCCAGUCAAAAGAAUCAUCCUCGGUGCUAAGCUGUGACAUAUCUGUGGACGACAAGUACAUUGUCACCGGCUCAGGGGACAAGAAGGCCACAGUCUAUGAGGUCAUCUACUAAAAUAUGAAAAGUAAUCUUGGACGUCCAUCUGCUGUUUUUCCCACACCCACUGAUUUGUUUCUACAUGUGGAGGAGUGACCUUGAAGAUCGAGAUCUGUUAUCUGUGAUAUCUGCUGAGGAGACACACACAUACACACACACACACACACACACACACACACACACACAUGCAUGGAAACAUGACUCCAUGUCAGCUCGGGGCUACAAACUGGAGAAGCUGGACGAUAAUGGAAUGAGAUGAACUAUUUGGAAGAUCUUGAUUUUGUACUGUUUUCUGCUGUGGACUACACUGGGAUCAGUUUGAGGGACCAGAUACUGAACCGGGACCAGCUCUCCUGGAAAAACCCUACUCAACCUCGCAUAUGAUGACGCUUGAUUCUCUGUGUUGACCAGGGCGCAGAGGGUCCUCAAGUUAACACUCCGGAGGCCUGAAUACAGUGUGGACAAAAUGGACUUCAUUUUGGCGAGACAAAGGAGAAGAAGCAACAGCAGAUGGACCAAUCUUUGAUAGAUGGUGAAUGCAGAACAUGUCAGUUUGCAGUUUGUUCUUGACAUAUUCAAUCACUCUUUGACUUUGACUCUUCAGCUUGCUGUUCUGAUAUGCCGACACUGUCUGAAAAGUAACAGUAAGUCCAGUCCUCAUUAGCUGCACCGCAGUAGUAGCUGUCCACCUGCACACUUAGUCCACACAGUAUAUAUACAUAUAAAAGGCCAUACUUUAAAAUGCAUUUUAAACCUGCGUAUUAAGACCUUGUCUAGCAUCCUGCUAUUGUUGGAUUCUGUGAUGGGUGAAUUUGGUCCUUAAUACCAUCAAAUAGAAGGUUAUUUGUUUUCUUCUGUCCUAAUGAUCUUAAUUAAAAGGCCAGUUGUUGGAAAUCCAAAGGUAAAGUAAAAAAACUGGAUAAAUCCUGAAUAAAAAAAAACAAAUAGUAUUUUCCCUCAUGUGAACAUGAAGUCUCCAGGUUUAAGACAGAAAUGUUAAGAUAAGUUUAUAUUUCAAGAGGAGGAAAGGGGAUACAGAAGCCCUCAUUCCAUAAUUAGUUUUAACUUUGCGGCCUUUACGCCCUGUUUUUGAGCAGUAGUCUAUCAAUAGAUGGUAUUCACGAGACUGAAUGAAUAUUUCAGAGGCUCAGUAUUGAUUAUCGGUCAGCUGGGUAUUGUUGCAGCAUCACAUAAUGCUUUUUCAAGUCUAAACAAGCCCCUGCUCUUCUUCUUAAUGCAGUCCAUUUGUUUGUAACCUCUUUUACAACAAGGUCCAUGGUUGAGGUCAUAGUAAUUAACAUGAAUCAUCUCAUAUUAACCCUUAAUGAAGUCAAAAACACUUAGGUUACUGUAUUUACUGAUAUAAAUUAAGCCUGGCCCUGCCUUUAUCACCCCUGAAAUCACCCCUGAAAUCACGUGAUGUCUUACUGUAUGGAUGGUUAAUUGAGCUUUGUUAAACGGGGACCAAUUAAAUGUGACUUAACUUUGUUUUUCGUAUUGGAAAUACUAUGUGAACCCUCUGUACUAUAUUCACCAAACACAACUUUUCUGCCACAUAUUGUCAUUUGGUUGAACGUGUUGAUUACAAACGGGAUUAAAUUAUUAGUCGAGAUUGAGGACAGAUUUAAUUAUAUAUCACCUUAAGGAAGGAAACCAGCGUCAGCCAAUUUAAACUCGUGAAUUUCAUGAUUCUGCUUAGUUUUUUGGUUUUUUUUGUCCGUUGAAUGUUUGUAAAAAUGUAUAUAUGUUUUUUUUGUUUUUGUUUUAUUUCUUACAGGACAUACUUUAGAAAUGACAAACCUUUUUUGUACGUCUUUUACAUGGAAAAGAGAUAUCUAAUCAGAAGAAUACUAAAUGGUCUUAAUGCUAGCUAAUCUAUAAUGAUAAUGAUCGAAAUGUCUAGAUAAUAAAUGUUUGGUUUUUUGUAACUGGAGUCAUCUUUGUUUUUCUGGGAGUGAGUGUGUUUGAGCGCAUCGCGGCGGUGUGUAAAAGAAUCAUCCUCAUUAUCAGAGGGUAGUUUAGUUUUGAGUUUGCAAAUAAAACUUUAAACUUA